AUGGACAAUGGCGCGUGUAAUGUGAUUUACAUCGACCGGCGGGCGAAUGACGAGCAUGUGCGCAAGGAGACGCUAUCCAAGUCGCUGGUUGCGCGGACAAGCACGGGAAAUGUAGGCCAGAGUUACUUUGCAUUGGGCAAGACGUCGCCGCGCGAGGUCCACGACAAUGUCGAGGCCAUCUUGACCAUGUUCAACGAAGUCUAUGUAUGCGGUUCUGGCAAAUCAUGUCUUGCGAACAUUUCCUCCAUCCUUGAAUCCACAAAAGCCAACGUGCCCACGUUUGUAAUCAUAGACAUUCCCUACGACGAAGAACAGCGCGCGAAGCGACUCUCUCGCGAACCUCGGACCCCCUCGCCCACGUCGUCGCGCCUGAUACGAAUAGAUGCUACCGAACCGGACGAUAUCUACGCCAUGCAUCUGUUGACCCAUAUUUCCUCGGAGAUAUCGUCCAAGAACUUCUCCAAGCUUGUCGUACCCGUCGUCAUGCUGACAGGACUCAACCAAGAUGCGCCUUCAAGCGGACCGCUACCUUCGCCGGGCCUUGCCUCCUCCAACCUUCUCACAGACUCGAUGCGCUUGUCUCGCUAUCUGGACGCGGGAGCCGUGGAUGUGCUGUCCAGCCCACUAUCCAAGGACCGUAUGCAUGGCCUGGUCAUCCAAGGCUAUCGGUUACAAAAAGACUUUUCGCGCGAGGAAGCCAGCUUCCUGACGACUAAGAGAAACCGGAAGUUGUCUUGGGUUGGGGUGGAUGACACAAAGCCGUACGCCUAUUUGCGAGAGGCCAUGGUCUCGAACCUGAUGACCGGCAUCUGCAAUCCGGAGACCGUCGGCGACUCGCUGGACGCUUCCGACUUUGAACUGGAUGAAGACCGAAUGGCAAUCGUCGAGCAUAGGGUCGGCACAUGGGCUUUUUGUGCGCAUGAACUAACCGACGAUGAGUUGCUCUACGCCGCGCUUGUUAUGCUCAAGCAUGCGCUACAGAUGCCCGAGCUUGAGAAGUGGAGCAUGACAGAAGAUGAGCUGAUUGUAUUCCUCCUGGCCAGCCGUACGGCAUACAACGAGUUUGUGAAAUACCACAAUUUUCGCCACGUCGUCGACGUUCUACAGGCUCUCUUUUACUUCCUCGUUCGCAUUGGCACAUUACCACCAUACCCAUCAGAUUUCGAUGGAACGCACACGCCCCUGUCCCCGAUUGCUCAACUGCUCAAGCCGUUCGAUGCGCUCACGCUUCUCAUCUCCGCCAUUGGCCACGACGUGGGUCAUCCUGGAGUCAACAAUGCCUUUUUGGUUACGCUGAAUGCGCCAUUAGCGCAACUGUACAAUGAUCGCUCUGUUCUCGAAUCCUUUCAUUGUGCCGCCUAUUCCCAAAUCCUGCGGCGUUACUGGCCCAAGGCAUUCGCAGACACCUCGUUGCGAAAGUUGAUGAUCAAUAACAUCCUUGCGACUGAUAUGGGCUUGCAUUUUAAGUACAUGAGCGAUCUCGGUAGCCUGCAAGAGAAGGUCGCCCACGACCAAGGCAUUCUCGAUGCUUGGAAUGUCAAGGUUCGCGAGGAACAAAAGGACCUAACCUGCGGACUGCUCAUCAAGUGCGCAGAUAUAUGCAAUGUGGCACGUAAAUUCGACACGGCAGCGAAAUGGGCGAAUAUUCUCACAGACGAGUUCAGCAAUCAAGGCAUGAUGGAAGAGGAAUUGCAAAUGACAUCUUGUCUGUUUGGCGGCCCACCUGUCAGGGACGAUGUGAUCAAACUGGGAGAGUCGCAGAUUGGGUUCAUGAACAUAUUCGCGAGGCCGCUGUUCGAGGCAGUCGCAGAUAUCCUGCCAGCGAUGCGCUUCGCCGUUGACGAGAUCUUGACAAACAAGGCGAUAUGGGAGAGGAAAAUCGACGAGGAACGUCAUCGAAAACAGAAAACCCCGCAUUUCGCCCUCGGACUACUGAAGCCAGGUUUCAGAGGGGAUCCAACUCCCAGCCCGCGAUCUGGAAGUCCAGCCAGAGUGAAUGCCAGCAUGCCGGCAACACCCACCGUUUCCGGCCCUGGCAAAUUCUGCUCACCGCAGGACGCUGGGCGGCGUGGCUCAACAGGUUCCGUCACCGGUGCUUCGACAUCGCGAAGAUCUUCGCUGGGUGUCGACCGAGGCUCGCGGCGUUCUUCCGCCGUUGGCGGAUGCGGAUUCGGACAACGGACCGUGUCGUCGCGCGAAAAUCACAACUCAUCAAGACGGGGUAGCGGUGAUCCAAGUCUUACGGCUAUCCUCGUCACCCAAGCACCAAACUCGCCUGACUCCAACGCUAAAGCGUCAUCUCCUCCCAUCCUCGAGGAUCGGUCGAAAGGAGACCGUAAGGAUACGUUGACUAGCGGUUCCUCCAAGAAGGAUAAAGAGACUGUCAGACCAGUGACAGCUCCGUCCAGACGGAGUCAAGUUGUCAGUCUCUACCCUUUGCCCCAGCCAUCGUCCCAAAGUCAUUCUGAGGUCGAUCUUUCGCACACUGGCAACGGGAACCUCGACGGCUCCAAGCUACCACAAUGGGACGACAGCAAGCUGAGUGCUGAGAGCAACUUGACCAGAUCGGAUGGAACACGUGAUUCAAGCUGGUGGCGGCAAAUGAGCACUAGACGUCGCACCCGGGACGUUCGAAAUGGCGAAGCCGACGGCCGGACUCACCUUAAAGAAACGACCCUGGAUACCAGCCCGCCCAACACAGAUUCGAAUCCAAACGCUGUCAGCCCCAGCAGAUUGACCACCUCCAGCAAGAUCAAGAGCUUCUUUAAGCGCAAGCCCAGCGGCCAGAAGGAACAGCAGAAGCAGCUUUCGAGUUAUGGAAGCUCAUCUCAACUGCGCACACCACAAACCAGCGAUCCUGGACAAUCCGUCGGCAGCGAUAGAUGA